UCACACAUUACAAACAAAAAGAAAAGAUAAAAUAAAAUUAAAAAACUUCUUCCCGCCGGCGAUUUUUUUUCAAGCUUCUCCGGCGGUGGAAAAAUGUCUCCUCCGAUCAAAACUCCUCUCUUGCCGAAGCAAGAACCGUCUUCUGAGAAGCAUGGAUCCACCUCCGGCGUCGUUUUCAACGUGUCGACGAGCAUAAUCGGAGCCGGGAUAAUGUCGAUGCCGGCGGCGUUCAAGGUUCUCGGAGUUAUCCCAGCUCUUUUGAUCAUCACGAUCAUCGGUUGGCUUUCCACAAUCUCUGUUGGAUUUCUUAUGAAAUCAACUCUCGCCGGAGAAGCGACCACGUACGCCGGAGUUAUGAAAGAGUCGUUCGGAAAAACAGGGUCCGUAGCUGUGCAGGUUGCUACAAUGGUUGCUACUUUUGGAUGCAUGGUUAUCUUCUCGAUCAUUAUAGGAGAUGUGCUCUCCGGUAAUGACAAUGGAGGAUCUGUUCAUCUCGGAGUUUUGCAAGAAUGGCUUGGUUCUCACUGGUGGAACACGAGGAUCUUCGCUUUGCUGUUUAUCUACGCCUUCGUCUUGCUUCCACUGGUCUUGUGCAGACGUGUCGAAAGACUCGCGUUUAGUUCUGCCAUAUCGUUUCUUCUUGCUGUGCUCUUUGUCGUCAUAAGCUCGGUCCUGGCGAUCACCGCACUGAUGAAAGGACAGACAAAGAAUCCAAGACUGUUUCCAGAUUUAACCAAUGAAGGAUCCUUCUGGAAUCUAUUCACAGCUUCUCCCGUUAUAGUAACAGCCUUCACGUUUCAUUUCAACGUUCAUCCAAUUGGAUUCGAGCUGAAGGAUCCUUUACAUGUGAUUCCAGCAACUAAGAUCUCUGUGAUCUUGUGCGCUGCAAUCUACUUCGCCACUGGACUCUUUGGAUAUCUCCUGUUUGGAGAUGCAACAAUGUCUGAUAUUCUAGUGAACUUUGACCAGAGUUCUGGCUCUUCCAUUGGUUCUCUUUUCAACGACAUCGUUAGGCUCAGCUACGCGCUUCACCUCAUGCUCGUCUUUCCUCUCAUGAACUUCUCACUGAGAGCAAACCUCGACGAGCUCAUGUUCCCAACGAUGAAGCUGUCACUGGCAAAAGACACAAAGAGAUUCAUCGGGCUCACUCUGGCUCUACUGAUCUGCUGUUUCUUGUCUGCGAUCGCUGUGCCAGACAUUUGGUACUUCUUUCAGUUCUUGGGAUCAACCACCACAGUUUCCAUAGCUUUCAUAUUUCCAGCCGCCAUUGUUUUAAGGAAUGUCCAUGGUGUAUCGACCUCAAGAGAAAAGAUUGUAGCUGCGAUAAUGCUGGUUCUUGCUGUUGCCACUAGCAUCAUUGCCAUAUCAACGAACUUAUACAGUCUCACAGCAAACUGAUCGUUUGAAGAAAAGUUUUGGAAACAGUCCCCCUAUGAUCACUUCAAAAGAAAUCUGUAAAAUUAUUACCUUCCCCUAGCAUAUAUAUUUUUUUGUAUCUUUGUGAAAUAGAGGUUUGACAGAGAAUGCAAUGUAAUAGCUUUUAGGAAGUGCAAUAUUUUUGUUGCUACAUGAAUCAAAGAAACCGAAAUUGUUGCAAACUA